AUGGACGCGUUUCCAAGUGGUUCACGCAUCUUCUUCUACGGGUCGAAAGGACAACUCGUUAGAGGUGUCGUCGAGUCCACCAGCCGCACGAGCGACGGUACUGAAAUGGUUCUCAUCAAGUGCGAUAAUGGGAAGACCAUCACUCUGCCGUUAAUCUGCAAGUGUUUAUUACGGCUAGUUGCAGGAAGUGACGACAAGGAGACCAACUGGGGUCAUGUCGUGUAA